AUGGACAUGUUCAUGAAGGGCCUGUCCAUGGCCAAGGAGGGCGUGGUAGCUGCUGCAGAGAAGACCAAACAGGGGGUCACGGAAGCUGCAGAAAAGACCAAGGAGGGUGUCCUCUAUGUUGGAAACAAGACCCGGGAGGGGGUGGUACAAGGCGUCACAUCAGUGGCGGAGAAGACCAAGGAGCAAGCGUCCCAGCUGGGAGGAGCGGUGUUCUCCGGGGCUGGGAACAUCGCCGCUGCCACGGGUCUGGUGAAGAAAGAAGAGUUUCCCACCGACCUGAAGCCAGAAGAAGUGGGCCAAGAGGUUGGGGAAGAGCCAAUGGCUGAGCCCCUGCUGGAUACUGAAGGAGAGAGUUAUGAAGAGCCCCCCCAGGAGGAAUACCAGGAAUAUGAACCAGAAGCAUAAUGGGCCAGGCUCCGGCCCUCCCACCAGCAGCACAAUAACUGGUCCCCCAACCCCCAGAGCCAGGGCUAACCCCUACUUCCACUCCCUUCAACACAAGACCUUCCUGACCCAAGCUCCUUUCCCCUUCCCUGAAGUCUGUGUUUGGUGUCUGUCCCUCCCUCCAUCCUGGGGGCAGCGGGCAGGGUGGAGAGCCUGGGAAUCUCCCAGUUCUCCUCCCCCAGCCACCCCCUCUCCCAGGGUAGGAUACAGCAUGGCCCAUAUGUUUUUAAACAAAGUUAGGCAAAAUCAUUCCUGGCCUAGGCUGAGACUGAGGUACUUCCUGCCUGGCUGGGGGGUUCCUGGGUGAGCUUGGGUCCCCCCCAUACUUCCUCCCUUCUACUGGGCUCCCCAGGGUAACCUGGAUCCCCUCCAGGACCUAAGAACUUGUGUUUUUAACCCAAAGCAGGAGCCAGGCCAUGUAUUUCCAUCCCUUACCUCCGGUUCCUCUGUCCCCUGCCCUCCCUCUGAAAAUUUCACUGGAGUCACCCCCAACCUGACCCGGCCCGGGCAGUGUGUUGUGACUGUGGCAUGGAGACACCCUUCCCUUCCUGUGUGUGUGUGUCAUGGGGCUGCAUCCCAUCCUGGGGCUCCCCAGUGUGUCCAUGAAUAAAGCCAAUUGUCUG